AUGGAAGCUCUCAAUCAAUUCAUUCACUACGUCCAGAAUCAUGAAUGGACGGCCAAGAUCAAGUCCAACACUCUCGUCCAAAAAGUGAUUCAAUCGGCCCUGUAUACACUCUUGGCUUCCUAUGCUGUGGUGGUACUCACACAAUUACAACUCUUUUACAACACCAUCAUUGCUCCUGUAUUGGCAGGAAACAAAAGCAUCAAGGAACAGUUGAAAUUAGCCUACAACGAUUGGUUGAUCGGAAAGCUCCUCCAAAACGAUCUCGUCCAAAGUUACGUCAAACUCUUGAAGGAUCAAUACGAACGAGUAAGAAAGAAUAUCAAAUGGGAAGAUUUCAAUAGUGUGGAUCAAGCUGUGAGCACAAUCACAUCGUGGAUGAGUCAAAACUUGAUCGGAAGAAAUGGUCUCGAUGUCUUGUUGAGUACUGUCUUUGAGGAAAUCACCAACGUGAAUCCCAAUAAGAAACUUGUCUGGGUCGAUUAUGGUGCUCAAUCCGAUCUCUCCUUGAUGGCCAACAAGUGCCGUGAUGGCAAUUUGAAGAGCAGUUUUAGCAAGAUUUACUUGAUUGCUUCAUCCAAGAAGGCAUUCGAGAAGGCUCAACAACAAGUAACCUCCAUGAAUUUGAGUGAUGAUUUGGUUCAAGUAGUGGAACAUGAUCCAGUCUCUUACCGAUUACCAAAUAAUUUGAAGGCUGAUGUGGUCACUUUGAGCUAUGCUUUGACAAAUUCUUCCUCCUUGAAUUGGAUUGAAUUAUUGGAAAAUAUUAAGAACCAUGUCUUGAAGGAAGAGAAUGGAGUGUUGGGUGUUGCUGACUUUUAUAUUUCAAGAAGAAGACCAGCACCUGGUGCAAGACAACACAAUCUCAUCACUCGUGCUGUGUGGCCUUUGUUAUUGAAUUGGGGACUCCAACUCUCUGUCAAUGCUGAUCAUUUGCCAUACCUUGAAAAUCAUUUCGAGUCGGUUCAUGUCGAGGAAAAUAUGGCCAAGGUUCCUCUCGUGUCAAGUCUCACCUGCGGAAUUGUACGCGUUCCUUAUUACUUGUUUGUUGCAACAACUUCAUCAAAGCAAGAAUAA